UUUCGGGCACGUCUUCUUCGGGGUGCGGGCGGCCUUCUGGUUUCGUACUUCAACGUGGGUCAAAUCUUGUAGAGUCAUCAUGAACACUAUGUUUCACAGAUGUCCGCGCUACUCCGUGCGCUCCGUGCACUUGCGCCCUUUGCUGCUUGAAAAUUUUCUAGACAUUUUGGCGGCUCGCCGGCACCUCGCUGUUACAUACAGCAAAUGUCGAUCUCGACACCGUGCACGAAUUGAUCCCAUGACACGUUGUCAUUCUCCCUCGACGCCUAUCCAUCGAAGAGCUCCAAGACCGCGCCGCCGCUCACGCCCGACUGCUCGUGAGCCAAUGAGCACUCGACGCGUCUUUCGUCCGCCGCAUGCACUAUUGGUUACGCGUGUGUCGCCGAACCAGAGCAACGCAGCGCUCUUAAUAGGUGCACGUGCCAAAAACUCGCAAGCCACGUCGGCUCGGCACCGGUCGCCAGGCGCGGCGCGCAGGCGGCGGCAGCGCCAAGCGCACGUUCCGCUUCCAACGUCCACAAACUCGCCAACGCAAAGUACGCCCGGCUUAAGCGCCCAGUUCUUGAGGACGCACCACCGCCGGGUGCGGCGCGGCAGCUUCUACGCCGCGGGCUUCUCGGGGAUCAGGCGAGCACCGCUCGCGAGCGCCGCUACGCACGCCUUCGUCGCCGCUGCAGCGGGGCAGCGCGACGACGGCGCACGAUGCCGCAGCGACCGCAGGUUUGACGGUUUUGACGUCGUCGUGCUCCGUCGCGGACGCCGCCGCAGCGCCGAGCUUUGACAGCGCGUGGCGCCACGAGGCAGCAGAUCGGGCGCAGACGGCGACGACUGCUCUUCUCUUGCGUAGCGUGUCGCAGUGGGUGCGCAGGGUGUACCAGCCGGAGCUCAGGAGGAAAACCGAUAGGUCGUUGUCGUCACCUGCUACUGCUAUAUGCAUCCUACACGUAUGCGAAUCGCGUCCUCAUGCUGCGCGCUGCGCGUGCGAGGUGCACGGGAUGAAGUGCGGCUGGUGUGCGUGCG